AGAAGCAGCAGCAAUGUUUCGUUGUUUCAAUAUUCUGUCGGUCCCUGUGCAGAUGUGCAUACAAAUUUGUCUUCAACAACAUGUGACUGAGGAGGGGAAAAAGGCAAAAACCCUGAGCUCUAAAAUCGAACAAGAGUUAUCUGAGCAAGCCAAAAAUGAAACGAAUGUGGUCAAGAUCCUGAUGCUUGGAGCUGCGGAGAGUGGAAAGAGUACCCUGGUCAAGCAAAUAAAGAUCAUCCACAGCCAAGGCUUCUCCAAACCAGAGCUCCUCAGCUUCAAGCCUGCAGUGCUUGACAACCUGCUGAAGUCCAUGAAGCUUGUGUUGCAAGGCAUGGGGAUGCUCAGGAUCAACCUAGCCCAUAAGAACAACAAGACGCAUGCCUGCUCCAUCCUCUCCUGCGACCGCUGUUCAGGGGAGGACCUGGAGCUGCUUCCCUUCAUGGCUCAUGCCUUCUUCUCCCUGUGGGCCGACCAGGGGUUCCGAGCGACGGCAGCCAGAGGCUCAGAGUUUGAGCUCAAUGAUUCAGCUCUCUAUUUCUUUGAGAAUUUAAGUCGGAUUCUCACUCCCAACUACAUACCCACUGAGAUGGACGUACUGAAAGUGAGAGUGCGUACCUGUGGAAUCAUCGAGACCCAGUUUCAGGUCAAUCGAAUGUUUUUUAGGAUGUAUGAUUUGGGAAACCAAACAACCCAGAGAAGGAAGUGGCUAAGCUGCUUUGACAACGUCCAGAUUGUCCUGUUUGUGGUGGCGCUCAGCAGUUAUGACAAAACCAUGAUUGAGGACCCUGCUAAGAACCGACUCCAAGAAAGCAUCGAGCUGUUCACCUCCAUCUGUGCCAACAGAGUUUUCUCAAGUACUUCACUGAUCCUGUUCAUGAACAAAAUGGACCUCUUCCAAGAGAAGAUUCAAUACUCAGGAAGGCACUUGAGGCUAUAUCUGCCUAGUUAUACAGGAGCCGACUGUGACGUAGACGCUGCUGCCCGUCACAUCACUGCGAUGCUCGUGGCCUGCAACACCACACUCAACAAGAGGGUGUUCCACCACUUCACUACAGCCACUGACACCAGUAACAUCAGGAUGGUGUUCCAGGUAGCCAUGGACACUGUUGUCAAACAGAACCUAGCUUCUGUCUCUUUGUUGUAGGCACACAGAAGGCUGUCUAUUUAAGAGUUUUUUGUUUUUAAUAUGUAUAAAUAUUUCUUUAAUGUAUUUUAUUUUUUUAACUUAUUUUUAUGUGUAAACCAAAGGGUAGACCGGCUGUUUGUGGUUCUUAUGUGUCAUCAUGUUCUACCCAUUCAGUUGACAUUUUUAAUCCUAAAUGGGCUUUGUCAUACAAGUAUUUUAAACUGAAUGUUUGGCUGUCAAAACUAAUAUAGG